UAUUUCUGUUUAGAUCAUUUUGACUGUAAACCAGACUCCUGUGGACCACUUGCCCAGUGUGACACCAAUGGAGGCUGUGUUUGUGUUUCUGGAUAUGAAAUCCCCCCACCACACAAACCCACUCCAGACUCAUAUGGCUGCAGUGACAUCGAUGAGUGCCAGAGGACUUCUGGUAUUUGUGGUCCUGACUCAAAUUGUACUAACACAAUUGGAUCAUACGUCUGUGCCUGUUUGGUUGGAUACAAUGCAACGGAUCCAGCAUCACCACCUGGAAAAUCCAAUCCAUGCACAGAUAUUGACGAGUGUGAAGAAGAUCUCUGUGGUGAUGGUGGGACCUGUCUCAACAACCCAGGAAGUUUCAAGUGCAAUUGCCUUAAAGGUUACGAGCUUGUGCUCGACGCAACCCCUCUUUGCAAAGAUAUCGAUGAAUGUUUCAACUCAACUAUCUGUGGCCCUGAUUCUAUUUGCACCAACACACCUGGAGCUCACACCUGUGAAUGCAAAGUGGGGUUCACCCCGACUGAUCCAGCCGAAUCAACCAGCGAGACCAACAUCUGCAUAGAUAUUGAUGAGUGUGACGAAGAUGCUAGUGUCUGUGGACCAAAUUCCAACUGCACAAACUCAAUCGGAUCCUACAUCUGCACCUGCUUCCCUGGUUAUCGGUUGAAUACGCCAAACGUGAUAGCCAGUGUUGCUAACCCGUGUUCAGGUGUGUGCCCUUGUUUGGUAUUUGUGUUACACACUAUCAUGUCUGCUGAAGUGUCAAGUGUGGGACCCCGUGCUAGGUCAAGCAGGGUGGGUAGUGAAGGAGACGGAGAGACCGGCACUGUGAUCCUGGGCAUCACAGACCUUCUAGUUUCUACGCUGGUGCAGCCUGGUCAGAACAGCACCAGAACAGAAUUGCAGACACCAUCAGUGGAUUUGAGCCUGCAAACCAUUGGCCCUGAUGGUAAUGAUGACAAUACCCCGCUUUCUGCACAAGGACUAACCAUGGAUAUCAACUUACAAGCUCUUGCAAGUGCUAACAAUGGUUCUGCAGCGGCUGCCUUUGUGGUACUGCCUGGGAUGGAGAGUCUCCUCAGUCAUCAAUACUUUAAAACGGAGAACCAAACAGAGAUGAACUCUGAUGUUUUCACUGCGGUCAUACCAUCCAUAAACACCACCAACCUCACAGAGCCUGUCAACUUUACCAUCCAGCAUAAGAAGCCUCCACCAGAGGAUCCAUUCUUGGAGUGGCUGAACCGAAUGUGUGUGAUUGUGGGACUGUUCUUCUUUGCUUUGGCCAUCUUCACUUUCCUCCUGUGCAGCUGGAACCCCAAAAUCAACAACACAGCCCGUCUUCACCUCUGCCUCAGCCUCUUCUUAUCUCAUCUGCUGCUGCUGUGGAAUGACGAAUAUACUGAACAAGAGCUGGCCUGCACCGUCAUGGCGGGGCUUCUUCACUUCUUGGUUCUAGCUGGUUUUGUGUGGAUGCUCCUGGAGGCGAUACAGCUCCACUUGUUGGUCCGGAGACUCAAUAAGGUGCAGGUCAUCCAGAGAGAUGGCCUCCCCAGGCCACUUCUCUACCUGAUUGGCUACGGUGUUCCAUUUGUGAUUGUGGGUGUUUCUGCACUUGUAUAUUCUGAUGGAUAUGGCGCUACUGAGGCAGAGGUGUGCUGGCUUUCUAGACAACGCAACUUCAACUGGGCUUUGACAGGCCCUGUGAUUGCUAUCCUUGGAAUGAACUGGAUAUUGUUCUGUGCUACGCUUUGGAGUCUGAGGGCCACUCUAAUCAGCAUGAAAAGUGGUGCUUCUCAAUCAAAAGACAGCAGGGUGAUUUUGUUCAAGAUUGUGGCCCAGUUUGUCAUCCUGGGCUGUACCUGGAUUCUGGGCCUGUACCAGAGCAACCUUUUCUUCCAGAUCCUCUUCAUAGUUCUCAACUCCCAGCAGGGCACCUUCCUCUUCAUCGUCCACUGCCUGCUCAACAAGGAGGUGCGAGACGAGUACAUCAGAUGGCUGACAUGUUCUAUUGGAAAAGACAGAUCUGUGGUGAGUCCCUAG